UAUCGCCCUUUUUAAGCAAAUCCGCCGAAAACAAGCGAAUCCUCUUUCGCCUCCCGCUCCACCGGCGAUCCAUGUAGAUUGAUCAGGUCCUCUUAGGGUUUCGAUCUCUUCUUCGUCUUCUCUCUCUUCUUUUUGUUGUUUUCUUUUAGGAUUCGAUCUAUUUGGGGAGGAAAGAAUGGGGGAUAUAUACACGGAUUUCGUAGAUUUCAUGAGGCGGCCGGCGGUGGUGGAGACGUUGAUCGAUAUUUUGCUGUGCGCGGUGCCGAUCUGGGUGGCGGUGAUGAUCGGGCUGGUGAUUGGGUGGUCGUGGCGGCCGCGGUGGACGGGGCUGUUGUUCCUGGGGAUGAGGAGUAAAUUCCGGUUCCUGUGGACGGCUCCCCCGGGCCUUGGUGCCCGCCGGCUCUGGUUGGCGUUCACCGCCCUUUCGGCCUUCUCCGUGUGCCGGAAGCUCUGGUCCAGCUUCAAGGGGAAGGGCGAGGGCUCGCCGGCCGCGGAGGACUCGGGCUCCCGGUCGGCGGUCUCGAUGUCCUCCGUGGAGGAGGAUGAUGGUGGAAGCUUCAGUGGAGCUUUUGAGGAUGGGGAUGAUGUUGUUGCUGAGAAAGAUUUGGAGCAUCUGUUGCAUCUUUUAGAUGGUAAGGUAGGAGAUGCGGUAUGGCAAAAUCAAAUGGAACGCACCACACCAAACAUGAUAUACCAAGCUUGGCGUCACGAACCUGAGGUGGGCCCGAUAAUUUAUCGCAGCAGAACAAUAUUUGAGGAUGCAACUCCUGAAUUGGUUAGAGAUUUCUUUUGGGAUGAUGAUUUUCGACUUAAAUGGGAUCCCAUGCUUGCACACUUUAAUAGUUUGAAGGAAUUCCCUCAAAGUGGAACUAUGAUUGUUCACUGGAUAAAAAAGUUCCCAUUCUUCUGCAGUGAUCGAGAAUAUAUAAUUGGUCGACGCAUAUGGGAGUCUGGAAAGACUUACUAUUGUGUGACGAAGGGUGUUCCUUACCCAGCUUUAUCCAAGAAAGAAAAGCCAAGGCGUGUGGAACUGUAUUUCUCAAGUUGGCGCAUCAGGGCAGUGGAAUCGCGCAAACAAGAUGGGCAGCUUUCUGCAUGUGAAGUAACGCUCAUUCACUACGAGGACAUGGGCAUUCCCAAGGAUGUAGCAAAGGUCGGUGUCCGUCAUGGGAUGUGGGGAGCUGUCAAAAAACUGCAGUCUGGUAUGAGAGCAUAUCAAGUAAUGAGAAAAACAGAGACAUCCCUGUCCAGAAGUGCACUAAUGGCACGUAUCACCACAAAGAUCCCGAUUGAUGGAACCGUCACUCUCUUAGACCCAGAACCGUUGAGUGAAUCAGAAGAAGGUAACAAUGAUAAUUCUCAUGAGGUACGUCAAGGGGUUGACUGGAAAUGGGUGGUUAUUGGUGGAACGGUAGCUGUUGUCUGUGGGCUUCAGACGGGUCUUAUUGGUAAGGCUCUGUUAUUUGGGGCUGCAAGGAGGCUUGCAAAGAAGUGAGAAUUACAUUCUGCACAGAGUUUAUUUUGGGGGAUUGAUUUCUGAUUCCUAUUUUGAGCACUCGAAUAUUACAAACGGCGGAAAAGCUGCAUAUAUAAGUUUUUUUGUUUUUGUAGCUGACAAUUAAUUUGGUAUCCAUUGUACUCGAGAAGCCUUGUAUUGCAUUGUAUUGUAUGAUAUUCUUAUCAUUUUGUGAUGGUUUGUCUAAGCGUACUUAUAACAAGCC